AUGUCUUCUACCUCCCGGUCCAUUCCCAUUACCAUUGAUCGGCAAUUUAUUAGGUUUUAUAAUAAUAAUAAUAAUAAUAAUAAUAAUAAUAAUGUUGACAGUAACAUUAUAAAGUAUAAAAAUUUUAAAUUUAAAAAAUUUAAAUAUUUUUUAAACGAUUUAAAUUACGAAUUAGGAUAUCGUUUAAUUUUAUGGGAAUAUUCAAAACUAAUUCAAUGGAUUGACUAUAAAUUUGUUAACAAAAUAACUACAAAUUUCGAUGAAAUUCGCGAAAUUAUUAUUGAAAAACUAAAAAAUCAUUAUUUGGAUUACGAUCCGUGUAUUGAACGAGAUUUUUGCGAUACAUUGAUUGCGGCUAAAAACGAUGCACUGCUCCGGGAGGAAGUGGGACAGGGAGUGGGAGAUGAUAGCAAACAAUCUAUGGCUAAGUAUCUAACGGAUGAUAAGCUCGGUAUGACUGUGUUUGAUAUGUUUUUUGCCGGAAUCGAUACCACCUAUAAUACAUUCCUAUGGCUACUAUUGUUUUUAUCCAAUGAUUUAUUGGUGCAAAAAAAAUUACGAAAUGAAAUUUUAGAUAAAAUCGGUGACAGAUUGCCAACACUUGACGAUAGACAUCGAUGUCAUUAUAUAAUGGCAUUCAUAUCGGAAACCCUAAGAUUCAGAAAUGUUACGCCCAUUGCUGUCUCACAUAAAGCAAUAGUCGACAGUAAAAUAGGUAAUUAUAUGAUACCGAAAAAUAUGUCAGUAGUUGUCUAUCAGGGAUUUAUUAUGAGAAACGACAGCAACAAGUAUUGGACAAAUCCUAACGACUUUAUACCCGAGCGCUUCCUCGACAGUGACAACCAUUAUAUGAUAACCCGUUCACAACAACCGGCUUUCAUACCCUUUGGUAUCGGACGUCGUGUAUGUUUAGGCGAAAAGUUGGCCAUCGCUGACCUGUUCCUAGUGUUGACCCGUUUUCUACAGUCGACACAAAACUAUGAUAUUGUUUUGGACAGUCAUCAGGGUUUUGAUGCCGAUCCUAAUAAUGGCGAUUCAAUUACUCCAACUAGUUAUACAAUUAUGUUUACUAAAAACUAA